AUGGGUUGCUGUGGCUGUGGAGGCUGUGGCGGCUGUGGAGGCUGCGGUGGCUGCGGUGGCUGCGGUGGCUGUGGCUGCGGCGGCUGCGGUGGCUGCGGUGGCUGCGGUGGCUGUGGCGGCUGCGGUGGCUGCGGUGGCUGUGGCAACUGUUGCUGCACCACCUGUACCUGCCGCCGUGUAGGCUGCUGCUCCGGCUGCUGCCCCUGCUGCUGUGGCUGCUGUGGGGGCUGCUGCAGCCCGACAGUGGUCUGCUGCCGCCGCACCUGCUGCUGUGGUGGCUGUGGCUCCUGUGGCUGUGGCUGUGGUAAGUGCUGUGGCUGUGGCAAGGGCUGCUGCCAACAGAAAUGCUGCUGCCAGCAGAAAUGCUGCUGUAAGAAGCAAUGCUGCUGCUAG